AUGGUGUUCACUUUGUUGCAGACUCCAUCAGCCACCUACCCUCUUUCCGAUGGACUGAUCGUUCACUGCCAUGGUGGGGGAUUCAUUGCCCAAUCCUCUGCCACCCACUCUACCUAUUUAAGAGAUUGGGCUCUGAAGACCAAGGUGCCAAUCGUAAGCAUUGAUUAUUCAUUGGCCCCUGAAUUUCACUAUCCCAGACAGGUGGAAGAGAUAUUUUUUGCUUACUGUUGGAUACUUAACAAUUUGCACAUUUUCGGUAGUACGGGUAGCAAGAUCUGCUUUGCAGGAGACAGUGCUGGAGCCAAUCUUGCCACAUCCACCGUUCUUAGGACUAUUCACGAAGGAGUGCGAGUGCCCGAUGGUUUGUUGGCGGUGUACGGAUGCUUUCUGGUAAGUUACUUUCCUACUCCAUCCCGCCUCUUGGCUCUUCUCGAUCCCGUACUUCCACUUGGAAUGCUUCCAAAAUGUGUUGGAGGUGAGAAAUAA